GUUCUUAUUGUACAUUUUCCGUUUAGCGGACCUGAGAAGAUAACCUGUAUGUGAUGUUUGGUGCUGCUGUGCCGACAUCCAUACUUAUUAAGUUAUUAAGUCUCUUUGUUGAUUUUUACUGGGGGGAUUUAUUGAACCGUUUUACUUACUCAUUGACACUGCAAAAGAGGAGGGAACCAUGAACAGUCCGGUAGAAACAGAGGACGACCAAUACAGUCCAAUACAUCUCACUGGGCUCGGAAUAUGUUGCCUCCUCAGUCCCAAACAGCACCACAAUGGGCCUGGUCUGGAGAGCCCACAGCAGUACACCAAAUGGCUCCCCAGCCGCCACGAGGCCAGCCUGCUGCCCAUGAGAGAGGACCUGGCUCUCUGGCUCAACAUAUUUCUAGACUCUGGGGUCACGGCUGACAGCCUGAUGGACAGGCUGGAUAAUGGGGUUCUGCUGUGCCAGCUGGCCGAGGAGCUACAGGAGAGGAUGAUCCAAGCCAGCAAUGGCAAGCCCUUCGUCCGCAGGGGGAUUAAUUGGCGAGCUGAUGCUGCUUCUGGCUCUUUCUUUGCCCGGGACAACGCUGCCAACUUCCUCUACUGGUGUCGGAAGAUUGGUGUGGAUGAGACUUACCUGUUUGAGUCUGAAGGUUUGGUGCUCCACAAACAACCUCGGGAGGUGUGUCUCUGUCUUAUGGAGCUGGGAAGGAUUUCAGCCAGGUAUGGUGUGGAGCCCCCAGGGUUGGUGAAGCUGGAGAGAGAGAUAGAGAGGGAGGAGGGAGGGUCUCUCACCCCAUCGUCACCUCUGGCCUUCCCCUCACCCACAACUCUUCCCUUGAUCUUACCGCUGCUCCGUGCUCCUACACCCCCUGCUUCUGUAACCCCACCUCCCAGUCCAAGCCCACCCCCUUCCCCAGCCCCAAUAGACCCUACACCUGCAACUUCCAUCUCAUCCUCGUCAACCACCACUAGCACAACUUCCACUCAAACCUCAUCUGUUAUCACUGUCACAACCUCCACUCAGACACCUCCCACAACACCAACCACAGAUCCUAUCUCAGCCCUGAGCCUUAUAGAGACCCCUGUCUCCCCAUCUCCACAUCCUCCACCACUGCCGUCACCUCCAACCCAACCCUCACCCUCCCCCUCACCUAAGUUCGAGGCGCGUCGUCCAAGCAAAUCAUCUGCUAAGAAGACUCCAAGCACAUGCAACAUGUUGGAUGACAUUGUGAGAAACAUUAUCAGGGACACGCCAUGCAGCUGCCCCACUAAGUUCCCUGUGGAGAAGCAUCCCAAAGGAUGCUACCGUGUCGGGGAGAAGAUCCUCUACGUACGAAUGCUGAAUGAGCGUCAUGUGAUGGUGCGCAUCGGGGGAGGCUGGGAGACCUUGGGAUGUUACCUGCUGAAGCAUGACCCCUGCCGCAGUCCACCGGUCACCCCGGUCAGGACCUGUUGGGCCAAAGGCAAGUCCCCCAACAUGAAGGACCUCUUACCACUGUCACCAGACAGCUACAUGGUGGUGGGGGCACACUCCAGUGCCAAGAAAUAAAACCACAACCUAGCAAUGAAGCUUCCUGGUUAUGCUGAGCAUAUGAUGUUUUUUUCUGGGGAUUUAUUUGAAUGAAAGCUAUUGCCUAGUGACCAGCGGUGUGUGUGUGUGUGUGUGUAGAUUUAUCUUUGGUGAAGUUGGGUUUAGUGGCUCACAUGUAUGUAGAAAGGUAUAUUUUAUCAUCUAAAGGAAUUCAACAAAA